AUGCAGUUUGUGUGUUCUACCGGAAUGUCAUCACUGAUGAGGAAGUUUGUUCUGGAUGAGUGUGGAGGAUUAUCUGCUUUCGGUGAUGUUUUGGCGGAGGAUUACUUCAUUGGGCUGGAGUUUAGCCUGGUUGGCGAUCAGCAAUUUCUACUCAUCCAGCCCUUCAAAACGGCGCUGAACCAACGGUGGCGAAGUUCCAUGCAAGAAUUAGACGAUGGAUGCAGCUACGGAAUAGCUAUGUUACCUCACAUGAUGUUUGUAGAACCUUUACAGGAUUGCUUUAUGGCCGGUUUUAUUGGCUGUAUGUGCGCUAACCACCUAUUCGGUCUAAAUCCUAUAGCUUACUACAUAGUGCACUGUUUCUUCUGGAUUUCAUGUGAUUACGCUCUGAAUCGAUCAAUACAGAAUGGCCCUCUGCCAUACGGCUUACCGGCUUUCGCAUUGGCGUGGGCGGUCCGUGAAGGAUUGGCGCCGUUCAUCUACAUUCGCGCAAUACUAACACCGAACAUCAACUGGAGAAAUGGCCGGUUUCGAUUACAUUGGGGCGGCAAGAUCAAGUCCUCGUGA